AUGGUGAACUUGGGAAACCCGGCGACGGAAGAAGAGUUGUCAAAGAUGGCGAAGGUAGUUGAUUUGGACGGCAAUUGGAAACGUUCUAGGCGCUGGUUUAGCAUUUACUUGGGUUCGAUAAUGGAGAAUUUCGAAAACCCGACGACGAAAGAAGCGUUGCAGAAGAUGGCGAAAGUGGUUGAUUUGGACGGCAAUUGGUUUAUUGAUUUAAAAAAGUUUAUUGACUUGAACACGAAUAGGGUUCAUUCGGAAAAUGUUGUAGAGGAUCCGAGAAACGUGUCUACGAUAUUUAAUGUAAAUGGGAACGGGUCCAUAUCACUAGAAGAGUUGGAGAGGGUGCAUUCGGAAAAGGUUGUAGAGAAUCCGAGAAACGCGUCUAUUAUAUUUAACGUAGAUGGGAACGAGUCCAUAUCAUUAGAAAAGUUGGAGGAGGUAUUCAGAAGUCUAGGGGACGAUAAGUGUUUGAUCGCAGACUAUAAGAAGAUCAUUCGUGGGGUUGAUUCCGAUGGAGAUGGGGUUCAUUUGGAAAAGGUUGUAGAGGAUCCGAGACAUGCAUCURUGAUAUUUAACUUAGAUGGGAACGKGUCYAUAGCACUAGAAGAGUUGGAGGAGGUASUCAGAAAUCUGGGGGACGAUAAGUGUUUGAUUGCAGACUAUAAGAAGAUCAUUCGUGGUGUUGACUCCGAUGGAGAUGGGUUGUUUAGCUUUUACUUGGGUUCGGUAAUGGAGAAUUUGGGAAAUCCGGCGCYAGAAGAAGAUUUGURGAACAUGGCAAAGGUGGUUGAUUUGGACGACAUUGGGUUUGAUGAUUUAGACAAGUUUAUUGACUUGAACACGAAUAGCGUUGAUUCGGAAAAGGUUGUAGAGAAUCUGAGACACGCGUCUAUGAUAUUUAAYGUAGAUGUGAAUGGGUCCAUAUCACUAGAAGAGUUGGAGGAGAACAGGGGAAACCCGGCGAUGGAAGAAGAAUUGUGGAAGAUGGCGAAGGUUGAAGAGGAUCCGAGACAUGCAUCUAUGAUUUUUAACGUAGAUGGGAACGGGUCCAUCGCACUAGAAGAGUUGGAAAAGGUACUCAGAAUUCUGGGGGACGAUAAGUGUUUGAUCGCCGACUAUAAGAAGAUCAUUCGUGGGGUUGAUUCCGAUGGAGAUGGGUUGGUACGUUUUGAAGAGUUCAAGAGUAUGAUGAUGGACACGUGCUCUCCUGAUCUGUCCUCUCCAAUAACAUCAUCACUUCAAACAUUAUUGAGGACAUCAUCAAUACCGAACUCAUAA